GGGGCGCGAACCCAUGCGAAUAUAUGAGUGUAAAAUGGCGGCGUGAGGACCUGGUUCAAACCGCGGAGGACAGAGACGGCACCGAGCACAUCUACUGGCAGCAGUGACACGCUUCGACUGAGGCCGAAGUUGGAAUUUAUUUACCGGAGAAGACCUGGAGAACUUCAUGGAUCCUCUGAUUUAUUCUGAUCUGGAAAAUAUCAAACUGUGGAAAAGUCUGAAAUUAUUUCCCACAAUUUGCUGAUGGGCUGUACAGAGCAGCAGGAUGGCGAAGAGGAUCGCUGAUAAGGAGCUGACAGACAGGAACUGGGACCAGGAGGAGGAAGGAGAGGAGGCCGGAACCUUCUCAGUUGCAAGUGAAGACGUGUUGAAGAACCGAGCCAUAAAGAAGGCGAAGCGCCGAAACACUGGAGCAGAGAGUGAAGCUGGAGGAGCUUUCAAAAGUUUUAAAGGUUUCUCUUUGGCCUCGGCGGGCGGAGUCUCUGCUCCAACAGCGUUCUCUGGUUUUGGUAACGGUGGAGGUCUGAAGGGCCUUGGAGGGCUGACCAACGGGAACUCAGCUUCCUUUGGAGGAUUCUCAUCUACUGCUGGACCUGGUGUGACGUUUAACGGUCCGUCCUCCAUGACGCCCCCCUGUGACAUCGGCACCAAGCAGACCAAUGGCUCCGCCCCCGGCCCCGCCCACAGGGAGUACAGCCGGCAGCUGACGGCGCUGAACUGCUCAGUGAGGGACUGGAUCACCAAACACGUCAACGACAACCCUCUGUGUGACCUGCAGCCCAUCUUCAGGGACUACGAGCGCCACCUGUCCAGCAUCGAGCGCCAGUACGGGUCUGGAGGUUCUGAAGGAGGUUCUGGAGGACGUUCUGGAGGUCCUGAGGAGAAGAACGCUCCAGCUCCAUCCAGCGGCUCCUCGGCCGCUCUGUUCUCCUUCAGUAAAACCACGGCAGAGGACUCGAUCCGGGACCAGAGCUCCGGUUCUAGUCCGGUUCCGACCAGUGUCACCUUUAACUUCGGCCAGAAGGUAGACAGUUCGGUUCUGAGUUCUUUAGGGAACAAGUCCGGUCCCAGCUUCUCCUUCUCCUCCGGGUCCAGUCAGAUGCCUCUGUUCAGUUCUGGAGCUUCAUUCAGUGGAUCCAAACCAGACGACGACCAGACCACAGAAGAGAACCCAGAUGAAGAGUCUGAAGAACCUCCGAAGCCUGAAGUGAAGGAGGUGAAAGAAGACAAUGCCUUUUAUUCCAAGAAGUGUAAAAUGUUCUACAAGAAGGAUUCAGAAUUCAAGGAGAAAGGAGUCGGAACGCUGCACCUCAAACAGACGGACGGGAAGACCCAGAUGAUCAUCCGGGCCGACACCAACCUGGGUAACAUCCUACUGAACAUUAUGGUCCACUCCUCCAUGCCCUGCUCUCGGGUGGGGAAGAACAACGUGAUGGUGGUCUGUGUUCCAAACCCUCCGGUGGACGACAAGAACCCCAGCAGCCCGGUUCCUCUGCUCAUCCGGGUCAAGACCAGCGAGGAUGCCGACGAGCUGCACAAGACUCUGGAGGAGAAGAAGUAGAACGUCCUCAGCAGAACCGUGGUCAUCUUCAGAACCUGCAUCCAUAGACUGUUCACCACCAACACACCCUUAUAUACACACACACACACACACACACACACACACACACACACACACACACAAAAAAAAAAAACAGAGUACAACACACUCACUGUAAAACUCACUAUCUCUGUGUGUCCUUCAGUCCUCCUGGUAUUUGGUCACUAGAACUGGUUCCAGCUGGUUAUAACUAGUUCCAGCUUGUCCUAACUGGCAUCAUGUGGUUCUAACUGGUUCCAGGUGGUUCCAGUUUGUCAUAACUGGUUCCAGCUGGUUCCACUGGUUCUGACUGAUUCCACUUGGUUCCAGCUGGUUCCAACUGGUUCCAACGGUUCUAGCUGGUUCCACUGUUUCCAACUGGUUCUAGCUGGUUCCACUAUUUCCACUGGUUCUCCUGUGAAUCCGUGUUAUACGGCAGCAGCUUGUAUCUUCUCGGUGAAUCUGGAUCUGCGACGUCUCGACGCUCCUCUGAGGUUUUUGGGGCUCAGAGUCUCAAACGGAGGGAAAGUCGAUUUGGUUUUACAAAUUAAAGCUGGUUUGUGCAUCUGAAAUUAUUUAUUGUUGCAGGAUUCAUGUUUCCUGCAGAGCUUCUGCUGUUUCCAAGUGUUCCUUGUGUGGCCUUCAGAUGUGUCUGAGAACAUUUGUAAAGAAUUAAAGAAAACAAACCACUUGA